GAAAAUCUCUGAUAUAAGGAAAAGUAAAAAUAUAUAUAUACACUGGUGAAUGUCGCUUAGUUAUGACGUCAAUCUGACAUUGGCAAAGCAUGAAGCGCUGAAACAAGGUGCAAUGGCAUUAUUAAGAUCGAUUGGAGGGGUGCUUGCCGAGUUGGUAUCAGGAGCUCAGUACAGAGCUUUUAGUGUGUCAACAGCUGCCGCAGCUAUUCAGAAAAUGACCCGGGUCAGAGUUGUUGAUAACAGCCCUCUGGGAACUACCCCAUACCAUCGGCCACCUAGAGUGAUCCAUGUAUACACCAAGAACGGGAUUGGCAAAGUUGGUGACAGAGUCUUGCUGGCCAUCAAAGGACAGAAGAAGAAAGCCCUCAUUGUGGGGCAUAAGAUGCCUGGAUCAAGAAUGGCUCCUCGAUUUGACUCCAACAAUGUAGUCUUGAUUGAGGACAAUGGAAACCCCACGGGUACAAGAAUCAAAGUGCCCGUCCCUACACAUUUACGGAAGCAGGAAGGAGAGUAUUCUAAAUUAUUAGCUAUUGCACAGAGGUUUGUGUAGCAAGCUGGACUGUGUUGAGAGGAUAGUUGGCAUAUCUGAGUAUUUGUGUUGUGUCAGAUUUAAAUCAUCCUCUAAUGAUGACUUCAAACCCAAAUGAAUGUGCAAAGGCUGUGUAAAAGGGUAAUCUACUGCUUGAUGUUAAAUAAAUUAAUUACUUUUUACUUUCACAACACUGAAACACAUAAUGGAAUUUUAAAGCUGUUUUGUGUAAACUAUUUCAACAUUUUGUCAUCAUUGUUGCAAUCAAACUUUCUUCAACAAAUGUUCUUGCAAGCCACACCCAAGCAGGUGUCAUUUUGUGCAAAUGGUGCUCCGCCUUUAUUGGAAGGUCGGACAUUCACAUGCCAUACUUUCUUGAAAUAUUUAUUGGUUAAAUGAAGACCGCUUUUAUUAAAAAUGGUUAUGGCAAAUGAUAA